UAAGCUUAUGACUGUACGAUUUCUAGGCUAUAUAAAUCCCUCGCCAAAGUUCAUGGACAAAAUAAAUGUCAGCACGCGCCGGACAUGCACUAUAAAAGGGCGGGACUAAAACACGGUGAGGGAGAUAUUACCAUGGCAACGGCGGACUAAAAACAUAUAUCCUCAUCAUUUCAUCAUGAGAUGUUUCCUUUUGCAUCCGUACGCAUAUCCGAAUCAAUACCGACACCACACAGAGUAGCAGUACUCAACCAGUGAUCUAUUUUGAUUAAACCAUAUUUCUCCAGUCGAUAUUAUCUCCUAGAAAUCCAAUAUCUCAAGCUGAUUUUGGCUUGUGCUGUCGCGGCUUACUGAUUCUAGUGAAAUAAAGAAUGACGAGACUCUUCAGAAACUUUAUUAGAGUUCGGACUCGCAGUCAAAGUGAGUUAGUCUUGUUUCCGGCCAUGGAGGGGAACAAAGUGUCCCCAUCAGCGGUUCAGGAAUCGAAUAAUGGCAACGUCUCUUGGUGUUUCCAGCCGUUUUUCAUCUGGAUGCGCCUCUUGGGAAUUGAACUCUACCACAAGUGCUUUCGAUUCAGUAAAUUCAUCAACGUGUACGGCGUUUUGCUGUUACUCAUGAGCGAAUGGGCGAGCAUUGACUUUAUUGCAAUUAAAUUCUGGAAAAUCUCAUUCCCGUUCACCCAGCAGCAGUCGACGAACGCGCUGAACGUCUCAAUGUCCACCACUCUGAGCUGGAACGCCCGAAUUGAUACGUUGAAUCAUUUCUGUUUUAUUGCCAUUGUUUUCCCGACGUUUUUCCACAUGGCUCACCACAAAUGGCUGCGCCUCUGGAACGUGAUGGAGACAUUUGAUUUCGCUUAUUGCAAACUCAAUCACGAGAAAUUGAGAAAAAUUCUGCUGAUUGGAUUCUUCCCUAUACUAGCGGAAAUUGGGAUAAUAAUUUACAAUCUACUAGUCAAGAUACCAGAUUUCGCGAAUGAAACGAGUUACCGGAAAUUUGUUACCGCCACUGCUUAUUUUGCCAAGAUCGUGCCAAUCAGCGCGCUGGUCUUGUAUUGUUCGGUGGUUUGGUUGAGUUCUCUAUUUUACGAAGAGAUUCGAUUGGACAUCGAAAGGACCUACAAGGUCAAUCAGGAAAACAUCCGCAGAUGGAAGUGCAGUCUGGUUCUGGCCGGAGAAGUUGUCGAUUGUAUUAACGACACUUUCGGGCUGAUCCUUUUGAUAUCCAUCACCCACUUCUUUGUCGAAUUUAUUGCACGCUCGUUUUACCUCGUCAACAGCAUUUCGAUGACCAAUCAACCCGACUGUAUUACGCUUGUCAGCAUGUCUUCGGAAGUCCUUUUCCUUUGGUUCAUCGCGUACAGCCCCGCCAAAAUUCACCACCGGGCUAUUCAAGUAGCGAAAUCACUUCGCAAAAUCGACAGUGUUGAUAAUAAUCUGCAAAAUCAAGUUUCGUUGUUGGCACUGGGCAUAGUCCAAAAUUUGCCCAAAAUAUCGGCUUUGGGUCACUUUGACGUGAGCCUUCAUUUAAUACCACAGUUGAUCGGGACAACCCUAGCGUACCUUUUUAUACUCUACCAGUUUCAUGCUUCGGAGAGAAAUGACUGAUGAUCGCAAAGGCGUUAUUAAAUAGUUUUCAAAUUCAUAAUUUUAUUGCCAGUUGUAGUUUACACUCGGCCUUUGUUCAUACUUGUAAAAAUUUUAUAGCUGUUAGGUGCAAUACAGAAAGUACAAAUAAAAGUGG